AUGUGUGAACCCGGUGGAGUCUCGUGGUCCCUUGCCGGUCAUCCACCACCACAACCACGAUCAACCAUCAAGAUUGGAUUUUAUGAGGUGGAGAAAACAAUUGGAAAAGGCAAUUAUGCUUGCGUCAAGCUGGCCCGACAUCGAGUCACAAAAACUGAGGUAGCGAUUAAAAUUGUUGACAAGACUCGCCUCGACAAGGAGAACCUCGAUAAAGUGUAUCGAGAGAUCGAGGUGUUGAAACGGCUCAAUCAUCCACAUAUCAUCAAAUUGUAUCAGGUGAUGGAAACGACGAAUAUUAUCUACUUGGUUACCGAAUAUGCGCCGAAUGGAGAGGUUUUUGAUCUAAUCUCUCGGCAUUCUCGUCUCACCGAAGAGGAUGCUCGCUUCAAAUUCUGGCAGAUCAUCUCCGCCAUCGAUUAUUGUCACAAAAUGGGUGUUGUGCAUAGGGAUUUAAAGGCUGAAAACCUGUUAUUGGACGGAAAUUUUCGAUUAAAAAUCGCUGACUUUGGCUUCAGCAAUUUCUUCAAAGGUGAUGAACAAUUGGGGACUUUUUGCGGCUCUCCUCCCUACGCAGCUCCUGAGGUUUUUGAGGGAAGACAUUAUUCGGCCACGAGUCUCGAUAUUUGGAGUCUCGGCGUUGUACUAUAUGUGUUCGUUUGUGGAGCUCUUCCCUUCAAUGGCCCUACUCUUCAACAUUUAAGAGAUCGAGUAUUGAGUGGACGAUUUCGAAUCCCAUUCUACAUGUCACAAGAAUGCGAAAAUCUAAUCCGCAGAAUGUUGACGCUCGAUCCGACAAAAAGACCGACAAUUGAACAAAUAAAAGCUCAUAAAUGGAUGCAACAAGGGAAUGUCCAACAAAGAAUUGAAGCUGAGAUCCAACACUUCGAGAAAUACUAUCAAAGUGAGCCACAACAACAAAUUUUAAAUUUGAUGCAUGGAAUGGGAGUCGAUCAGAAUCGAACAAAAGAGUCUCUUCGGAAGCGUCAAUACGAUAAUUUCAUGGCGAUUUAUUUGUUACUCUUUGAAAGAUGGAGAAAUUCGACUUUGGAGACGACAAGAAAAAGAUCGGGGGAAAUGCACAGAACACAGACCGAUCCGGAAUUGAAUCGAGAAGAAGUGAUCUCGGUGCGUCGAGCUCGUCCACUCCUACAUUCACUCAGAGAUCACAACACUUUCAAAACAACCGAUACAACGGCUUCAAGUGGAUAUGGAGAUGAUCGAGCAUCGACUUUGUCAAGGCAAAGCACAAUUGGAACGAUUGGGAGUAUUGAUGAAGGUGUCGAAAUAGACACGGAAUGUUGCUCAUCCACAUCACCUCAACAUCUCAAUUUCACAUCGGGCGAUGAAAUGCUGGAGACCUCGCCAUGUCACAUUGAAGGUUUCGAUACAAUUGAAACGGAUUUGAUGAGCAGUCUCUCAUCAUGUCCAGCAAGUAGAAGUGAUGGGAGUCAACACAGUCAAGGCCAACACCCACUGAUCUCUAUGAAUCCUUGUCAAUGUGCAAAUUCUCCAUCCACAAGCUCUUCUCAACCAAAUUCUUCUUUUGGGGAAGGAUGGAGAGCUUCCGAUAAUAUGGUUUUCGACUCAGUCAGAGCUCCCCAUUUCCCGACUGGACAAAUCGGACAGAUCACAAAGGGGAAAGGAGUGAUGGGAGAAGUGGCGAGAUUCGCCCCACCACCUUGCCCACCAUCACCGGAUCCAAGUGAGCGUUUGCAGAGAAUGCGAAUCGGUGGUCGCCCACCGCCCGGUCGAUCUCGUCCAAUCGUUUGCAAGAGGGUUUCUCUACCGGAAAGCUUAGAAUUUCAGCCUCAAAAGUUGCUCAACAUGAAAAAAGCUUUACAUCUUGAACAACAAAUGGUCAAUGGAGGUGGAGCACCCGAAGGAUUUGAGGGAAAACCGCUGAAUCCAUUGAAAGCUCGAAUUCAACACAAACGAGCGAUCAAGUCAAGAAUGCAACUAAUGAGGCAACAGAGUUAUCAGAUGGCACAAAAGCAAAGCGUUUUGACCGGAUUGGCGACAGUGAUGGAUGAAGUGGUGGAGAUGAUGGAACCGUAUUUGGAGUCAGCUCAUGCACCCACACAACUCUCACCGAUUCAGGAUUGCACGAGGGAGGAUGGCGAG